CUGCCUCUCAAUGUCCAGUCAUUUGAUUGGUUUAUGUCGACGUUAGCCUAUUACGUCAUCUCUAUGCGACUAUUGGUGUCGCGAGUGACAGGCAGGCUAAAAUAUGGCGCCAUCCCCAACGAAGAGGAAGGAGGACGACAAGAGUAAGCCGCGAGGCAAGGAGAAGUCGGGGGCCCCGAAGGAAGGCGCUGACAAGGGCCGCGGCCGAGACAAGAACCGCACGAGACGCAAUGCUUCCAGCGGGAGCAGCAGCUCCAGCAGCAGCUCGGGCUCCAGCUCCUCCAGUGGCUCCAGUUCCUCAGCCUCCAGCCACUCGGGCUCAUCCAGCUCCCGCUCCUCUUCCUCCUCCUCGUCAUCCUCACCGAGCCCCAGCCGCCAGCGCCACAACAACAGACGACGCUCCCGCUCAAAGUCCAAGUCAGCUAAGAAGGAUGACAGGGAGCGACGGCGCCGGAGCCCCACACCCAAACCCACCAAGGUCUACCUGGGCCGUCUGACCAGAAAUGUUAUCAAGGAACACAUCCAGGAGAUUUUCUCCACUUACGGCAAGAUCAAGAUGAUUGACAUGCCAGUGAACCGCGUCUACCCUCACCUGUCCAAAGGCUACGCCUACGUGGAGUUUGAGACCCACGGGGAGGCGGAGAAGGCUGUGAAACACAUGGACGGAGGUCAGAUCGACGGUCAGGAGAUCACGGUCACAGCUGUGCUGACUCCCACAGUGCGCCCUCCCCCACGCAGGAUGUCGCCUCCCCGCAGGAUGCCCCCUCCACCGCCAAUGUGGCGACGGACUCCACCUCGUAUGAGGAGGAGAUCUCGGUCUCCACGGCGACGCUCUCCGGUUCGUCGCAGGUCCCGUUCGCCCGGCCGCCGCCGGCACCGCUCCCGCUCCAGCUCCAACUCCUCCCGCUAGUGAAAAGGAACCCCCUUCCUCCCCUCUGGAUCUGUGAUGUGUCCUCAGUGUGACCGAAAAUGGUCAAUCGUGAACCAUUUCAUGAUGAGGGCAUGGACACCAAAAUCCAUCACGUGUCAACCUCAUGGAGCCAAACUUCUACUGUGCUGCCGUCUAUGUCCUCAUCGCUGAACUAGUCUUUGAAAAAUCCUGCAGUACAAUGUGGCAGUCAGUCAUUUCUGAAACCGUAAAAGUUAACCGUUGUCUAGUGCAAUAGAAUACGAUAACUAAAUUGCUGAUUUGAAAAGGUGCUAUUGGUCAUAUUUUAAUUUGAAAUCAGUACUUGUGUUUUUAAAAACCGUCCCCCUCUAACUUUUCUCAAAUUACUUUCCAGCAGCAUUACUGGUUAUGGUCCAUUUCAAGCGCAGCUAACAGUUGGCGCCAUGUGUCUGCUCCAAUAGAAACCUGAAAUAGCUGAUAGUCAUAUAUCUUUAGUAGAUUUGGGGGGUUAUUGCGUCAUCACUGGCACAUCAGGAUUUAGGUUCUUUUUCCACAGACCUUCUGAUUUAGAUGUUUGAGGUUUUUUAGUUUGACUUUGUCUGUUUUUCCCACACAUCUUGUUUUGUAUAGCUGGCUUAUGGAGUGACAAUAAAGUUCAUGUUUUGGACUAUCA